AUGGAAGCGAAACACUCCCUUCUUGUACGACAUGUUGAUGUCCCAUUGCCUCGAAUGGCCCAGCUUGUCAGCUCAAUGGCUUCCUACAGUCGAAAGGUAAAUGGUUUCUCAUUUAACGUUGCAAGAACUGAUCAGGACUAUUCCAUUCAUCGAUUAAUACUAGGAACACACACUUCUGAUGAGCAGAAUCACUUGCUGAUAGCGACAGCUCAUUUGCCCAAUGAUCAAGCUGAAUUUGAUGCGAGUACAUAUGACAGCGAGCGCGGUGAGUUCGGAGGAUUCUUUUUUCCUAAUGGGAAAUUGGAAAUUUCUAUGAAGAUAAAUCAUGAGGGUGAAGUAAAUCGUGCUCGCUACAUGCCACAAAAUCCAGAUAUAAUUGCAACCAAAACGCCAGGUGGAGACGUACUGAUUUUUGACUAUCCACAACAUCCUCCGAAGGCACCUCCUGAUCGUGGCUGUAUGCCUGAUCUUAGAUUAAAGGGUCAUCAAAAAGAGGGAUACGGCCUUUCUUGGAAUUCUAGUCUUCAUGGACAUCUUCUUUCUGCCUCUGAUGACCAAACUAUUUGCCUCUGGGAUAUAAGUGGCAUGACUUUGGACGGUCAUGAACUCGAUGCCCUCGCUGUUUUUACAGGACAUCAUUCGGUGGUAGAAGAUGUAUCCUGGCAUCUUUUACAUGGUACUGUGUUUGGUUCCGUAGCAGAUGACAACAAAUUGAUGAUAUGGGAUACAAGGAGUCAAAAUAGGAAUAAAGCUCAACACCAGGUUGAUGCACACACAGCCGAGGUUAACUGUCUUGCUUUUAAUCCAUUUUCGGAGUUUAUUAUUGCUACUGGAAGCGCAGAUAAGGUACUCAUAAAUUGA